AUGUCUACCACGACAACAACCAUGACCGAGACCACGGCGGCGGCGCCCCAGGCCAUCACGGCCGAGACGAUCCUCAGCCUGUUCCCGGACAUCGACACGAGCGGCGACGCGCUGGAGGGCCACGAUGAGGAGCAGAUCCGGCUGAUGGACGAGGUGUGCAUCGUCGUGGACGAGAACGACCUGCCCAUCGGCAAGGGCAGCAAGAAGAUUUGCCAUCUCAUGACCAACAUCGACAAAGGCCUCCUGCACCGCGCCUUCUCGGUGUUCCUGUUCGACGACCAGAACAGGCUGCUGCUCCAGCAGCGGGCGGCCGAGAAGAUCACGUUCCCCGACAUGUGGACCAACACGUGCUGCUCGCACCCGCUGGGCAUCCCCGGCGAGGGCGGCGCGAACCUGGAGGACGCCGUCAUGGGCGUCAAGCGGGCCGCGCAGCGCAAGCUGGACCACGAGCUGGGCAUCAAGAAGGAUCAGGUCCCGAUCGAGAACUUCCACUUCCUGACCCGGAUACACUACAAGGCGCCCAGCGACGGCAAAUGGGGCGAGCACGAGGUCGACUACAUCCUCUUCAUCAAGGCCAACGUCGACCUCGCGCCCAACGAGAACGAGGUCCAGGCGACGCAGUACGUCACGGCAGAGCAGCUCAAGGAGUUCUUCAAGGACCCAGCGGCCAAGUUCACGCCUUGGUUCAAGCUGAUCUGCGAGUCGAUGCUCUUCGAGUGGUGGCAGCACCUCGACACGGGGCUGGAGAAGUACACGAACGAGAAGGACAUCCGCCGCAUGCUGUAA